ACGGCUAUCGUGUCUAAAAUGCGCUGUAGUUCUGUAGAACAAAAUUAAAGCUAAACCUAAUACUACCGCUGUGUCGCGGAUCUUUGUGCUGUGCUGUGAAUUGUGACAUUUUUCAAUUGCAUUUCAUAUUUUCCCGGAUCUGAGAUAAAUCGGAUUACGCAGACAUCAAAAAUGAAGCUCCUGUCAGUCGCCCUCGUUCUAAGCUAUCUAACUUUUGGAGAUGCAUAUACAAAAUAUGGACGUAGCUGUAAAGACAUAGGUUGCCCAAGCAAUGAAGUUUGUGUAAUGGAAAAUGACCCUUGUAGUUAUUAUCAGAGGCAGGGUGAAUGUGGAUCAUAUCCAACAUGCAAAAAGACUGGCAAUUCCCAAAGAACCUGCGCUACAUAUGUAUGUCCUCCAUCAAAAGUUUGUAAGAUGGAUGGUGAUACCCCAAAAUGUGUGGAUGAUCACAGCCAGGUUGGCCAUGUCGGAUACAACACCCAGAAUCAGAACACCAUGGGCCAACAUAACCAACCAAGUGCCCCUCCCAGCGGGAACCUGUACCCAACAUUGAACAGAGGUGAAACUACACCGAGACCUAACAUACAUCAACAACAAUCGGGUCAGGGUGGAGGUUAUCAGGGAGGACGCGUAGGAUCAGGAUAUCCAGGUCAAGGUGGACAACAGGGUGGUUAUCCCGGAGGAUACCCUCAACAGCAAGGUGGUUAUCCUCAACAAGGCGGAUACCCACAACAAGGCGGAUACCCACAACAAGGCGGAUAUCCACAAGGCGGAUACCCACAAGGUUAUUAUCCAGGUUACUACCCACAGGGUUAUCCACAAGGUGGUUACCAAGGCCAAGGCGGUUACCAACCUCAUCCGGGAUAUGGGGGCUAUCAGCAAGGAGGACAUCAGCAAGGAUACAACAACAGAUAUGGGCAGCAGUCCACUGGGUCAUCAUUUUCCGACACGAUAUCCAACAGUCUCAAAUCCAUAGGUACUGAUGCUUUGAAAAACGCGUUAGGAAAGAUCUUGUCGGGAAAUAGGAACUAAAUUGUGAUAUUACCUGUCGAAAUCUUGCCAAUAAUUAUUAUUUUGACCAAAAAAAAUGUACCACUUGUCAAGUUAACAGUUGUUGCAGUAAAUUUAAGAAUCCUCAAUUUUCGUUCUGGUAUUGUGUUCAGUGUUACAAAAGACAAUAUUAGCAAUUAAAACUGUUACUGAAUAUGCACAUAUGAAUAAACAAGUUUGUAAACUGUAGUAAUACCAAAAAAUACUCAGAAAUUUAGGAUAAUUAUUUAUCAUAUUGUUUCCCCUAACAAGGCAAUUAACAUUUGCUUAUCUUCAGAAAAUUGCAUAAUAUGUUAAAUAAUAAGAGAUAUAUGAUGAUUAUGAUGCCAUAAAUGAUAGUGAUAUUGGAAUUAAUAGCUCCAGAUUAUGUUUCAAGAAAUUUAUUCCAUUUUUUUAAAUAAAUUAUGCAUGACAUAAUAAAUAUUGUAGGUCAAAUAUAUUUUAUACUUAUUAGUUAACUAGUUACUUUAGUAAAUUUGACAUAUUUUUUAAUAUGUAAUUUUUUAAAUUGAUUAGGUCUUAGUAAUUUGCCAAUAUCCACUGAUGAUUUUUAGUAAAAUAAAAUUUAUGAACCAAUAAUAUACACUUUCAUUAAAGUUGAUAUACAAUUAUUGAUGAAUUCGUAUAAAAAGCGUCUGUCAAUCAACAUCUAUUUAAAUUAUAUGAACCUCAAAAAGAUCUUGUUAAAAAAGUAGUAUAAGUAUCCAGUAACAUAAUUUACUGUAUUUUAGUGAUGUAUACAAUUGUAUUCUUGAAUGAAAUCACUGACUUGUAUUUUAUUUGGGAGACUAUUGACUAUAUUGGUAAACCAUGAACAUAGAAUACUAUUAAAAAAAACACGUGCAAUUUGCUUAAUCAUUGUUUCAUAAAAUUCAUAGUUACUUUUCGAAGAACGUAAAAGCAGUUGUUCCCUUAAAUUGUAAUACUUCCUUUUGAGAAAAAGCAAAAUGCGUCAUCGAUAAAUAACCACAUAAAACUCCUCAUUGUGUGACUACAUUGUGUCAUUUUUAUAAAGAAUAAAUACAUAAUUUACAAGGUUGGGAUUCCAUUGUAGAAUACAAUAUGCCGUGAUGUAUAUACUAAUACACAAUUUUAUUUUCAGGGCUAUUCUGUGUUCUCUUAACAUACCUAACGACAAGAAUGUACGGAGUUUGAAAAACUUUAACUGACUUUGAAAAAUAAACAUUCAAAAACUCUCUAAAUUAACAGAAACUGUUGUAUAUGUUCCUUAUUAAAUGACAUUUUAUAUUUUUGUGAUAUAUUUAAAUUAAAUUACGUUUUAAUUUCAGUACUUAGGUAUAUGUAAAAUUAUUUUAAAAACCUACGGUGAGUACCUCAAUAAUUUUAGCUUUAUGUGGUGGCAGUUUGACACUUGCACGUUUUUGUUGUUGUUUAUUUAAUUUCUCACCUUUUUUUCAUUUUAACAGAAUAGCCCUGCUUUUAUUUUGCCAUUUUUCAGUCUUAUAAAUAUCAAAAUUAACUUACUAACAUGAUAGUAGCUUGUAGCUAAAAGAUUUCUGUAUAUAUUGCACAAUUUAAUUUAAUAUUUUGUUUUUGUUUUAGUUGUUAAAGUGUAAAAA